AUGGAGACUAUCAUAGACCCCUUCAGCCAGAUUCUUUGGCAGGCUCCUUCGACCCUACCAGCAGAUAGCGUACAGCUUCAGCCAGUAGAGGAAGAAGUCAAAGAGCAGCUCAAUCGGAAUGAAAACAGGUUUCCAACCUUUCUAGCCCAUGUCUCAUCUUUGGAAAAGAAAGGUCGCAACACAGAAACUGUUUUCAUCGAUGAGUACAUCCAAGGCUUCACUGAGCGAUCAUUCAUCGAUCGCGGGGCAACUUUCUCAGUUGAACGAGCCAUCGCAAUUCCAAACCCUCAAACAAGCAGUUCAGCCCCCGCAGUCAUCCGCCAAAAGCGUGUCGUGGCUCUAAAAACAGUUCGAAUCCAGUCUCAAUCUGAUGAUCUACCCAAAGCAGGCUGGGAUCACGUAUUGCUCGAAAUUCGCGCUCUCCUCCACGAAACCCUUCGGUACCACCCCAACGUCGUGCGCCUCGUCGGCUUGUGCUGGGGACCCAACGGAGCAUCCGGAAGCGUUUAUCCCCAACUUGUUAUUGAGCAUGCAGAACACGGAACGUUAGAGGAUCUGCAGAAGAACUCGAAAUCACCACUUCCGUUCGCUGUUAAGCAGAAGUUGUUGUAUGAUGCGGGGAAAGGUCUCUCGAUUAUUCACGCCUGCAGCAUUAUUCACGGCGACAUCAAGCGUCAGAACGUACUAAUCUUCGCAGAUAAAUCCAGUCAAGGUGCUUAUGUAGCUAAACUGGCUGACUUUGGAGGCGCUGUGUAUGGUUCUGAGAAGUAUGACUCUUAUCGCUUCAUUUGCAAGACACCGAGAUACGCGGCGCCGGAAACCGACGGCAUAGUCACCGCCGAGGCCGCAAAGCUCUGCGACGUCUAUUCUUUUGGGUUACUCGUCUGUGAGACUUUUGCAGAUGGGGACUUGGCCAAUCUCCAUUAUGAGUUUAGUCCUCAUCGCGAGGUGUCGGGGUCCUCGGUGACGCUGGCUCAAUUGAAGAGGUCGGGGCGACUUUUACACAGAGCGACGUCUAUGAUUCAAGAUUACUUUGACAUGCGUGAGAUCAAUCAGGAUUGUACCGAGAUGGUUCUCUAUGUACUCGAACAGACGAUACAGAAAAACCUGGCGGAUAGGUCUUUGGCCAAGGCACAGGCUGCUCUGAGAGGUAUCCCGCUUUCAGAAGUCGAUGAGUUCUUGAGUAACAUAGAACAAAUGAAUCGCAAGUGGAAGGAGGUUGAAGACAAUGAACCUCCGGGAAAGCAUGGAAUUAGUGCAGAUGGUGCUGGGCUAUUCUUGGGCACUGUGGGGGCUACCUAUGAUCCUCAAAAUAACACCCCCGGCUUUCGGCCCAUAGUCAAGGCUCCCGUGAACCCGGGCUUCGUUUUUGAGCCCGAGAAGCUAAAGAACAUCCUGUCAUGGCAACAGCAGGAACAUAUUCUCCAAGCUCUUCAAGCCAUUUCGGAAUCUGGUGACCAAAGUCGCGACGUGGAGCUCCAUAAGCUCUUUGCCGCCUGGUUUCUCUUCCGAUGCCACAUCGCCGAGUUCGGCACAUCCCUGGAUCCCGAAAAAGCGUGCACAGCGCUUCGAAGAGCCGCAAGCGAUGCAGUCACCGGAUCUGAUGAUUCAAGCGGGUUUGAGUAUCUCGCAGCGUCAUGUGUAUGGCGCGUGAGCCAAGCCCUGGGACAGACACCACCGGAGCUAAUAGCCGUCCUUCCGUCUAGUCUGCAGUGGGCGACUCUUCGAGGUGGCUGGCAGGCUGGUCAAGAUCUGGAAGACGCUUUGCCACUGUUGAGUGAUGAGCAGAGACGGAACGCAACUGAAACGUACCAGAACGCAAGGAGGCUUGCCAAUUAUUUCAGUGGAGUUCCUGGUUCACUUGCUUUCUUGCCGCGACAUUUGAGAAAAGAGUUUUCCGUCGAUAAUGUGGAGACACUUCAGCAGGAACUUAGAGAGGAGCUUGGAGGACUUUAUGAACAGUCGUUGAAGACCUCACCUGCAACGAACGAGAGUGUUCAGCAAGUGACUCCCUUCGAUAACAUCUUUGUCAACAGCCGUGGGCAUGGAGUUCUACACAUGGCUGCAGCCCGCGGACAGGCCAGGACAAUCGAACAUCUCAUCAACACGUUCAAGCUAAACAUCGACCUCCCAAACCAAGACUGCGAAGAAACACCGUUAGUCUGUGCUUGUCGAAACGCUCACCUCGAGGCUUCUCUAACACUCCUUCGCCACGGCGCGGAUCCAAAAGGUCAUCCUCUUGGACAAGACACCCCUCUGCACUGGCUCUGGAGAUUUGAACAACACGAGAUGAUGCCAAUGGCUCGAGGUCUGUUGAACGCUGGAGCCCUAAUAGAUGCCCCGUCGGGUGGUAUGAGAGCUGAGGUACUCAAAGCACACGCCGACUGGGAGGGAACGAUGUCUAUCCAGACGACACCUUUGGGGCGAUGUGUACUCUUCCAGAAUAUUCAUGCCGCUCAAGCCCUCAUCGCACUUGGAGCAGAUCCAAUGAUUCAAGUUGACGGAAAGUCACCUAUACAACUGGCCGCCAUGCUAGCAUUGCCAAAUUUCCUUCGACUAUUCUUAUAUCAGGAUCAUGAUCAAUCCAAGAUUUCAGGAUUAUUCAAUGGCUUUGACGAUCUCACUCUUUUGAAGGCGACUCAGGAGCAAAUGGCUGGUAAUAGAGAUACUUUUUCGCUGCUCAGCCGACUCAUCAGAAACGGCCCGAGAUAUCGUUCUGACGUCGAGGAAACAUUUGCCAUUUUCAAAGAGCAGAGAGAACUACUGGGUACUUCAUCUUCUAGUGGAUUGUCAGGAGAAGCGUUGUGCAUGCAAAUUCGACUUGGGAAUCGUGACAUUGUGGAAGCGUUACUAAAAAUGGGCCAUAAUCCUGCUGGCUCGCCUGAUCAUCGACCCAUGCGCGAAGCGAUCAUACUCAAUGACACGAAAACAUUUCGACUAUUAAGAGAUCACGGCUGUGAGAUCGAAAGUUAUCCUGAGUGGCCACGGACUCUACUCAAUGACCUGGCGGCGCGACCGGCUUCUUCUCCCCCUGGGACAGUCAUAGCGGAAGAGCUCAUAGCGUCAGGGGUUUCAGUUACGGACCAUCCAGCAGGGACUAGACCGCCUGUUGUUGAAGCUAUCUUACAUGGAUACCUUGACCUGGCAAAUCUCCUCAUACAGCAUGGAGCGCGAAUUGGCAGUCCUUAUCAAUUGGGGCCUGAGCUUCCAAGGAUUUCCAUCUUCAAGGAGCUUGUUGAGCAACGAACAGAGACAUCGCUGGCCAUACUCCGAUCUCUACUACGACCAAAUGACAUAACAUCCGAUCAAGGGCCUGUGCUACAUCACAAUGAGCAGUUUGACUUUAUCGUGGAUCACAUCGGUGACCCCGCCGAACAACAAAGCGCAUGGACUAUCCUUGCUUCCUCACCACCAGCCCGCAAGAAUGUAGUCGAGGCAGAAAUCUACAUGGCGCAAAUCCAAUGCAUGCUUUCAGAGAACUCACCAUUCGCGACCAAAGAGUGCAUAAACUUUGAUCAUCCAAAACUUGGGACCGCUUUGUGCCGCGCCGCUUUGUUCCAAAAUCAUUUCCUUGUCGGAAAGCUGCUACGUAGCGGUGCAGAUCCCAAUAUCAGGUUCCGUCAAGACUUUGGACCUGCACAGCGAUAUUUUGGCGAUGGAUCACCAAUUAAUCUCGCGCUGGGUUGCUAUGAGGUUGCCAUUGAAGGCUGGAGUGAGACUGUACCGGAUUCUAUGCUGGAGGACAUGAGAAGUGCUAUAAAUGAAUUGGAGUCUAUUCCGGACUAUCCGGAAGAAGCGCUUACUCGAGGAGAGGCACUGAGGAAGCGGCAUGAGGAUUUACUAAAGCUGCGAGAUGAUGGAUGGGCUAUGCAAUCGCAGAUGGCCAACAUGAGCCUUGAGCAGGGGCCGGUUGACCUAUCUAAUAUGAGCGCGGUGCAAGCGCCAGAACUGGAAGAGUCUCAACGGGAGAUGUUCCAGGCUACAGAGACAAUUAUUCGCUGGAUGUUUAACUCGCAGCGCUACGGAACAAUUGGCAGAGCAGAAAUGGCCAGGAUCGCAGAAGGCGAGAACGCAUAG